AUGGCUGAGUCACCGAAAACGAGCCAUAUCGAAGAUACAAAACCAGAUUCCACUACCCAACAGUCGCCUGGCAGACGUAGACCACCCAAGCUACGAAAGCAACAGGUUUCGGCCGAAGAAUCAAACAAGCAACAGUCUACUAGUCCUGGUACAGCAAAGAGCCCAUCACCGGAUAAACCACAGACCCCUCCGCCAAAUCAAGUCCGUGAGAAAGAGAGUAUGGAAGCCAACCAGGAAGAUACCGAGAGUGUUGAUGCUCCAUCCUCGGGGCCGGAGAUGCAGCCCGAGCCACAGGCAGCAGCGCCACCACCCGAGACAAGGGUGGAAGAGCGGCCAGCUCAGAACAUCCCACGACGUAGACGACGCAGGCAGGGACAGCAAGAGAUGGUUCCCUUGGGUAAUGUCGGGGAUGUGGGCAACACAGUGAACGAGGCUGGUGAGCUUGUACAAGCCGCUGGAUCCAAAGCUGUCAACACAGUGACCGAUACCGCUGGAAAGGUGGUCGGUGGUGCUCUUUCUGGAGGUCAGUCAGAGGAAAAGAAAGGCAAGGAUGAGCAGUUACGUCUACGACUUGACUUGAACCUGGAUAUCGAAGUCCAACUGAAGGCAAAAAUCCAUGGCGAUCUGACUCUUCAGCUACUAAAAUGA